UAACCCCGCCCCUCUGCAAAGGCUGCUGCAGUAAAAUUCGGUGCGCCUGCGCAUUAACGAUCCCUUUUUGUUGGAAGAACCCCCUAGAGUCGAUCCAUCAUGGCAGAUCCCGAAACCGAUUUCACCAGUGGGGAUGCUGGGGCUUCCUCAACUUUCCCCAUGCAGUGCAGCGCUCUGCGCAAAAACGGCUAUGUGGUUCUGAAGGGACGUCCCUGCAAGAUUGUGGAAAUGUCAACUUCCAAGACCGGCAAGCACGGCCACGCAAAGGUUCACUUGGUUGGAAUUGACAUUUUUACUGGUAAGAAAAAUGAGGAUAUCUGCCCUUCUACCCACAACAUGGACGUCCCAAACAUCAAGAGAAAUGACUAUCAGCUAAUUGGCAUUACCGACGAUUACCUCUCCCUGAUGCGGGAAAAUGGCGAUGUCAGAGAGGACCUGCGUUUGCCUGAAGGCGAGCUGGGAAAAGAAAUCACAGCCAAAUAUGAAGCCGGGGAUGAGAUUAUGAUCUCUGUGCUGUCUGCCAUGGGGGAGGAGUGUGCAGUAGCUAUCAAGGCCAUGGGCAAGUAAACAGGGAUGGACUGGCUGCUCAGGCUGAAGCCUAUACUACAGAUCUUAACAUAUUGGUUCCGAUUGUCACCAAAGCUAUGGCCUUCACAAGCAACCUCAAAAUGGUUUCCGUUUCUAUUCCAAAACUGUGCUGGACUCCUACAGCUGUUGCGUUGGCUGAUUGGCAUUCUUCCGAAUCACUGAAGUGUUUGUUUUGUUUUUUUUUGUUGUUUUUUUAAUACUUCAAAGUGGUCUCUCUUUCUGCGUAACAUUCCUGAAUGUUUAAAAUUAUGGGAUCCGCUAGUUUUUGGGAGUACCCGCAUGCAUUCCUUUUGUCAAAACAUGCAUUAUUGUACAAAGCCUGUCAAUCUGACACUGAAAUUGUUUAUUUUUUUACACCUCAAUUCUUUGGCCCCAGAAUAGCGUUUCACACUUAACUUCAGUACCCUGCAAUGCCCUGAAACACUCAGCUCUUUAUGGAAGGCUCAAUGUGGAUAGCUGGCACUUACGAACAUAUACUUACUACAAAACUUUGCAUCCUAAAAAAAAAAAAAAAAAAAACUUCAGUGAUUUAUAUCAAUGCCAGUCUGCCUUUUAACGAUGACAGAUGAAAAAUUGCAGCCAAGUAAGAUCUGGUGGCCAUGCACGAUUACCUCUGAACGUGAUGCCAACUUGUUGGCCGUCAUUGGCAACCUUACCACCGUGUCAAAGCCUGUACAUGUGUGAACUUAGGUAGGCUUGCUGAAUGUUGUGCUGAUGCAUUGUAAUGUUACGAGGGGUUCGGUCUGGGGAAGGAUGUUAAGUAAAAAGAAGAAAAAAAAAGUUAUUUUUUUUCUUUCUCACUCGAGGCCUUUGUCACCAGACAGAAGAUUUAAAAAAAAAUAAAUAAAAAAAAUAGAAAACCUUUUCAGUUGCUUUUUUCUUUAAAUGUAUUUACCAUGCAGUGAUUAAGAUGAGUGAUGGAACUUUCCAGUUCAUUUCUUUUUUCCCUGCCCCUUGUAAGCCUGCUUAUUGUUUUGUUUGGCUUCUAGAUGGGACCUGGUUUUGGAUAUUAUGGGUUAUAACGAGCAGGGCAGGUGACCUGGUUUAAUUCUGGUUGGGAGGGAUGUGGGAAAUAAUGGUUUGGGGGGGAGGGUGUGAAGCAAUGUUUGACUGUGGGAGAGGGCUUGAAUUUCUCACAAUCAAACUGGAUGCUUCAUAUUAAUGAUUCAGAUUUUAAUGUAGCUUGUUGGGGUUUUGAGUCCUCAAAAAAAAAAAAAGUUAAAUCAAGGACAGUGUGGUAUUUUGAUGGAAAUUGAAAUAAUUUGUCACCAAUGCCCAAUUGUCAUCAGUCUUCCUAGCUUAGUGAUGAAAUCUAAGAUUCAGUGAUUCAAGUCUGGACAGACCAGCAGAGCUGUUUGCUGUUGAGUGACCAGUAAUCUAUGAAUUGUAACAGAAUAACCUUUCAGGCAGAAUUGGUGGCAUUCUGUCCUUAAAGAAAUUUGAACUAGUUUUGAUGAAAUUUGGGUAACUUAUGGAGUGAGCAGUCUUCCAUGAGCCAGGUUUUAUUCGUCCUAUUUGUCCCUAUGACUGUUGGUACAUGCUGUUAGUUCAUUUACAUGUACGUACUCUAACUUGUAUGUCUGCAGUACCUGGGAAAAAUUUUUGUGGGCUGCCAUUGACAGUACCGUUGAACCAUCUCAGAUUUUGCCAUCCUCUGUAGCAUGGGUCAGGCCAGUGCAAUUAAUGGGUUGCAUACAUUUUCGUUUUAACAUGGGGGCUGUCGAAAUUGGAAGCUUGCUUUGUAGUGGCAGUAGUCUUAAUCGUACAAGAAUUUUAUUUGACUUGUAGCUUUUCAAGGGUUCUGAAUGGUAGUGGGAGAUGGGAUUCAUCAUUUUGGAUUUGGAGAGCAAAGAUUUAAUUUGUUCAUACAUGAUCAACAACUCGUGUCUCCUCCCGUAGAUGUUCAUGGACCUUCAUGCAGAUCACUGCCCAGAAUUUGGAUUGCUUUCACCUCUCUCACCUGUAUCCAAGUGAAUUUCAUUCCAUAAUGAGUUUAGCUUAUUGCAGAAUGAAAUGUCGAUGCUGCAUUUGUUUUAUCUGAAAUUACCGGUCUUCAGUCUGAUUUAGCAUUUUAUUACAUUGGAGUUCCCAUGUGUAGUUGUAGUAUGUUCAUGUAAAUUGACUUCAGAUUUCAGUAGUUCAAAGUUUUAUGCUGAUUUCCAGUGAAGUACUGGGGAGUUCAGGUGAAGUUUGCUUUCUUUUUUUCUUCUAAGGUAUUUGCAUUGUUGAGAAUAUUCGGUCUCUGGAUGAUUUCAUGUAUCCUGGUGUCUGAAUUCUUUUUUUCUUUGAAUGUUUGGUUUAUCUUUUUCUAUGAAUCGUUCUACACAUGACGCAUUACUUGGUGUUUUAUGUCUAGCUCAUUAUUGACUUCAUAGUUUACGUUGUCAAAAUUUUGAAGUGAAUUGAACUUGGUCUGGCUUGCUUUUUGAGAAUUUACUUUGAUAAGCUAGAGGAAAGGAGUAUCCCCUCUAACUUAAUGAAACUAUCUCAAAUAAUAGAAUGGCUGUAGUGUGUAAAUGCAGCAUGAUUUCAAAUUGUUUCCACUUUUGAAGACCAACUUUGAGGCUUUUGAGUUUUCAAAGUGCAAAGCACAAGCUUACAACUUUUUAGCUUUGUCUUAUCAAAUUUAUCCAUCGCCCCUCUUGCAUAUCCCAGAUGUAUUUUAGAGUAUGACGUGGCAGUUAGGAAACUGUUCUUAUGACCAGCAAUUGGCAAGUUUAAAACUGAGGCAGUUUUUGUAUCUGAGCAAGGUUACAGCAAAUACACACCUGUUAUACAAUGAUAUGCAAGACUCCCUACAUAGAAGUGGCUGAGCAAAGGUCUAUGGUGUCGCUGUAUACAUUUCAAUUUGAGCUGGGGCUGGCUAUGGUGAAUUUCUUAUUUUUAUUUUUUUUGGGGGGAGGGGUCUUCAUGCUAAAUUGUACUUGUCACAAAUUGUUGUGGACUUGGUAUCCAGUGCCAGUCAUUGUUAAUCAUGAAAUGCAUUGGAAACUGUUAGACCCUUAAUUGGCUGCUACGGUGUUACGAAUUGUUUCUGCAGCCCUUUUUGGGAGGGUAGUUUUUGACCAAUUGUUUUUGCCUGAGCCCCCCCCCCCCCAUCCCUUUUAAAGUGUGGGAUAUUUAGGCAUGUAAACUUGCAUUGGCCCUGGCUCUAGCCUAAAAAGAAAACAAUAUUUGCUAUUUCCUGUGAAUAGUCCCGGCCUGUCAAUUUGAAAUGGCGAUCAGCUGCUUUCAGAAAGCACAUGUGAUCUUCAAAGGUUUGACACCUUGAGGUGUUGGGUAACAUUUGUUGCACUAUAGAAUAAAAUAGUCAUAGGUCUUACUGAUAAAUUGCCUGUUUGGAGAUGUAGCUUGCAACAUUGGAUUUUCCCCACCUAAUAUUUUUUUGUUUGUUUUAUUUAGAUUUUUUUUAUUAUGGCUGUUGAAAGCAUGUCACUUAAACCUCGAAACUCAGUCUUCUGGGACUGCUUGCUUAUAUUGAAUGCAACUAAAAUGUAACCUUUUUCAAGGAUUUUUAUUUUCCUAGGUGGCGAAUCAGAAAAAAGCUUUUAUUUUCCUUCCUUGAAAUCUGUCUGGGAUCGCUUUGUUCCCUUUUCUGUUGUGUUACGAGGAGCUCUGGCGGCAGGUUGUUUUCCCUCACCUAAUCGUUCUGUGAUGACCAUGUACCUUUCAGCUGAGGCCCAGGUCACACUCACCAAAAUAAGCAAAAGGUGCAUUGAUGCCUUAACUACGGUUGAGUGAAGAUUAGUCUGCCUGAGUGCUUUGAAAUUGUGAAAUGCAGCACCAGGACCAAUUGAGAGUUGAAUCUGAGCAUUUUGGGAACAAAAAAAAAUUCAAGAAAAUGAUUCCCCUCUUAGAAGGCAUUCUUCAUUUGACCUGGAUUUGUCACGACCAAAUUCAUUUUUCCCUUUUUACAACCAGGGUGAGGGAAACCUCUCUGUCCCAGCUGUUCCUCGCAGGUUUGUCAAUGCCACAGUGUAUUUGCAACUGUAACUAUGUAAGCCAGAUCUGUUCAAAGUUGAAACAACCUGCCUUAUCUUUGUAAAUGUAAUUAUACUUACAUUUCUGUUUGUUAUAGAAAGUUGUCUAAAGAUGUAUUGUGACAGGAGAAAUGAACUGCAGCUUGCGUAGCUUAAUGUGCAGAACUUGUUUAAAAAGUGAUACAGAAGUAAAGCAAAAACUGGUUUACUGGUUGUCGAUACUCUUCCAAGACCGACAGUAUUUCAGAUGGCUUAUUAAACUGUAAUGGGAAAACAUUGACUGGAUGAGGUGGCUUUAAUUCUGAAAGUGUGGGUUGUCUCAGGUUAACAGUGUCGAAUUAGUUGUAAAUAUGGCAGUAGUUAACUAGAUAAUACAUUCUCAGUAACAGCCAUUGGAAUUUCUUUGCAGUUGGCAGUAAAUGGCUGAGAUGAUCAUUAUUGGCUGGGGUUGGAACUAUUUUAGUUUCAGAACUGAGCUUUCUGGGACCACACAAAGUAAAAAUCUGGCGGAAUUGAUCAAGGGACAAUCCCAGCUAACAAAAUAUUUGAAGAUUCUUGUGAUGUGGCAUACUGAUAACAUCACAUCCACAUGUUGAGUGGGGAUUUUGAGACCUUUCAUUAGGGAUGAUGGCAUUCAAAACUGGCAUCUGGAUUCAUGUGGACUUGGGUCAUCUUGUUGCCCCCAGUUUUUAGUGUUCGUCUCAGUGAUACCAGGGGGCAAAUCAAAGUAGAUCUGUUGGGGCCCCAGAAAGCUCAUCACCAGUACUGACUAGUCUGUUAUACUGUGUAAUGAGGAACAUCACAAUUUGUACCCAGGCUUACAGGGCCUGUUUGGGCAUUUGGUCAUUUCUGAGAGUUUGUGACUGAACAUUUAUUAAAGACAAAAGGGGUUAUUGAUAUAUUCCACAACCCCAGUUGGGGUUCGGAGUAAAAAUGAGAAAAAUAAUUAGCAAUAAAAAAUGGGGGGCAAAAAUCAGCAUGUAAAUUUUUUGGUUAAUGUUAACAAUACAUACAAGGUGUAUGACUGAAGCUGGAACGUUUGCCUGUGUUGCAAUAACCAGGAAAUUGGUUGACAUGUUUCACUAACAAUAGCCAUUCAAACAUUAAAAUGUGCAUUCAACUGGC